UCGUUCGCGUAAGCCUCGCGUUGGCACAACAAAACAGUAGUAGCGGCGAUCUUUCUCAUUUCGUCGUCUGCUAAUAAAAGCCAAUUUCCCCUCUUUCUUUUACAAAUUCCAUUCAUCUUACUUCAAUUCUAUUCUCCGUGUUGAACUCGCGUACACAUACAUAAAAAUAAUACCCAAAAGCCCAGAAAGAACAGAAUAUUAAGAAAAAGAAAAACAAAUCACAAAAAAAAAACCCUUUUUUUUCAUUUUCGUUUUUUGUUUUUUGAUUUUUCAAAACAAACCCAACCCUCUUCUUGUUUUGUACAUCCAAGACCCUUUUCUCGGUUUCGUCUUUAAAAUCGCUUGGUGGGCUUUGAUCAGAUCUCCGGUUUUAAUUAUUUUCUGGGUCGAAGAGAUUGUUAAGUUUUUUAGUCUUUUUUUAAUUGGUGGAAAAUAUUUUUGAGUGGGCAAAUUUGUGUGAUGAGCGAUGUUGACCUUGAAAAGAGUUUGGUUGUGAAGUAAUAUGGAAGUGGUGGUUACACAUAGAAGAGAAGAAGAACAAGAAUAAGAUGACGUUUUACAUUGGUCGCGAGUCGUCAAAGCUAUGGAAGCGAAUUUGCGCAGAGACAACCACAGAGCUCAAUCUUCUUGCCGAGAAUUGGAAAUAUCUGUUAGCGGGAGUUGUUUGUCAGUAUAUACAUGGUUUGGCUGCUCGAGGAGUUCAUUACAUACAUCGACCGGGUCCAACACUCCAGGACGUUGGCUUCAUGCUUCUUCCGGAGCUUGGGCAAGACAAAGCUUAUAUCAGUGAGACCUUGUUCACCUUUAUCUUUGUAUCUUUUUUCUUGUGGACUUUCCAUCCUUUCAUUUUCAAGAGUAAGAAGAUCUACACAGUUAUAGUAUGGUGCAGGGUUCUGGCAUUUUUAGUUGCUUCUCAGUUCCUCCGGAUAAUCACAUUCUAUUCUACCCAGCUUCCUGGUCCAAAUUACCAUUGCCGUGAGGGUUCAAAGCUUGCCAGGCUGCCUCCUCCAAAGAGUGUUCUUGAGGUCCUCUUGAUAAACUUUCCUCGUGGCGUUAUAUAUGGUUGUGGUGAUUUGAUUUUUUCAUCACACAUGAUCUUUACUCUUGUCUUUGUGCGCACGUACCAGAAGUACGGCACUCGCAGGAGUAUAAAGCAGCUUUCUUGGUUGCUUGCCAUCAUCCAGAGUUUCUUGAUUGUGGCAUCGCGCAAGCAUUACACCGUUGAUGUUGUUGUCGCUUGGUAUACCGUCAAUUUUGUGGUAUUCUUUAUUGACAAGAAGUUUGCAGAGUUACCUGAUCGGAGCAAUGGAAUUGGGUCUCUCUUGCUACCGGUGACUAACAAAGAGAAGGAUGGAAGGACCAAAGAAGAGACUCACAAACUCUUGAAUGGGAACUCAGGAGACCCUGCUGAUUGGAGGCAGAGAACUCAAGUCAAUGGCAAGAAUCUGGAAGAUGGAAACACAGUUCAUGUUGAUGGUGCAAUGAAUGGUGCAUAGAGGGAAUUAAAGAUGGGGGUUUUGCUGCUGCUGGAAACAAUACGAGCUUCUUGUUUGAAACUUAAAAUUAAGUGGACAUUUUGUACCAGUCUCCUAUGUUGGAGUGGACACAUGAUUUGUAUUCUAGUGGCAAUGGAAUCUGGGUUAUGAUUUUUUUUUAAUUU